CUUGAAUCUUUACCACCAGCAUCUCUUUCCGCGGUGGACAUCCAAGAUCCAAGGUAACUCCAUUCGAUCCGUCUUAGUGGAUUCUUUUCCAGGAUGUCCCUCCAAGUCAACCUCUCCAACAAAAACCUCAAAGACGCAUAUCUCAACGUUCUGAAUGAAGGAGGAAUUGAUUGGGCGAUCUUCACAUACGAAAAGGGGACGAACGAUCUAAAGGUUCAGAAUACGGGAGAUGGAGGACUAGAAGAACUUGAAGAAGAGUUCUCCGAUGGGCGAAUUCAGUAUGCGUUCGUGAGAGUUCUCGACCCAAAUAGCAAACUCCCAAAACUUGUCCAAAUCAACUGGUGUGGAGAUGGUGUACCCGAGGCUAAGAAGGGGUUAUUCCACACCCAUUCAAGCGCGGUAGCAAACUUUUUGAAAGGGGCUCAUGUAGUAGUCAACGCGAGGAACGAGAGCGACGUCCAACCGGCUGUAAUCAUGAAGCGCGUUGAAGCAGCCUCGGGUGCCAAAUACUCCUUUCAGAAAGAGGCACCACGGAAAGUGCAACCUAUUGCACAAGUCGGAACGAACUACGCGCCAAUCGGGAAGGUGGAUAUGGCAGCACUUAGGAAGGGUCCCUCGAAUACCAUUUCGUCCGGUCCACCGCCACCUGCUGCUACGAAACCUGCAUUACCAGCUACUUCGAGGCCCGCAUUCGGAGGUGCUGGUGCUGGUGCUGGUGCUGCUAAAUCUGCAUUACCGACCGCUUCAAGGCCUGCCUUUGGAGGAGGAGGUGGUAGUGGUGUUUCGGCUGGGUCGUUGUACGGUCGUGGUGCUAGUAAAGGUCCAGCUCCUACUGAUGCGUGGCCGGAGGAAGGACCACCCAAGCCUGUAGCUACAGUUUCAUCACCACCAGCAGCGCCGCGUCCUGUACCUAGUGCGCCCAGGCCUACUGCGUCUACAGCAACCGUCGCGUCAUCAAACGUCCCAACCAAACCAACGGCAGAAGGCGAACUGAUCGCGCCCUCUCAAUCUGCGUACAAACCUGUUGCUUUGCGUGCACCUGGUAAACUCAAGAAUCCGUUUGCCAAGUUUGACCAACAGGAAUCUCAACAACAACAGGAGCCACAGCCGCAGAAAGCCAAGCCCAAGGCUGGCCUUACAUGGAGCGAGAGACAGGCCAUUGCGAAGAAGGAGAGAGAGGAGGAAGAGAGGAGGAGUAGGGAUGUUAGUAGGGGUGCAGGUGGUAUGGGCGGUAGCGGAGUGACCGUUUCUGCUACUCCUAGGUGGGGAGGGGGCGCUUCUCAGGCUUCACCUGCACCUGCACCUCCUCCGCCUGCAGCACCGAGGCCUACGUCUACCACGACAAAGGUGGGUGCUGCUGCUGCCUUUGGAGCUGGAGCUGGAAUGUUUGCGGCCCGCAAAGAAGAAGAGGAAGAAGAAGAGUGGCCUACUGAGGAUGAACAACCUGCACCUGUCGCUCCACCACCACCACCACCACCCCCGCCCCCUCGUGCUACAGAACGAGAACCGGAAGUCGAAAUGGCACCACCACCACCACCACCUCCUCCUCCUCCUGCACCUGUCGCACAGGAUGAACAUUUCGAUACACCUCCACCCCCACCUCCACCUCCCCCGCCCCCACCGCCUCCUGUGGCUCAAGUGGCUCAACUGACCGUGUCAGAACCUCCCCCACCUCCACCUCCCGUUGCCCAGGAACCACCACAAGCGCGAAAAGGAAAAGGCGUCUGUGCAGUUGUCGUGUACUCAUAUGAUGCUACCGAAGAUAACGAGAUGGAUCUACUCGAUGGUGAGCUUAUUGAGGAGAUUGAAGAGUUAGAUGAGGGUUGGUGGACUGGUGUCGGAGGGAAUGGAGGGAAGAGGGGAAUGUUCCCAUCGAACUACGUAGAACUUGUCGAAGUCGAAGCUGAGGCGGAGGAAGAAGCAGAAGUAGCACCACCACCACCGCCACCACCGCCACCUCCUCCACCCGCUGCUGCUACAGCUGCUCCAGUUACCCGGGUACCAGAGCCUGAACCGGAGCCUGAACCUGAACUUGAACCUGAACAACACGUAGAAGAAGGGGAGAGUGAUAUCACGGCUAUUGCGUUAUAUGACUACGAUGCGACGGAAGACAACGAGAUAUCUUUCAAAGACGGACAGCACAUCUACAACAUUGAUGCUGCGUCAGAGGAUUGGUGGCGAGGUCGGGUUGAGGGCGGAGAAGUUGGUUUGUUCCCUGCGAAUUAUGUGCAGGUUAUGGAAUGAUAGAGAGGGCUGAAGGGAGAUGAAGGUGUAAGUUAUGUAAAUACUUAGAAGUACAGAACGAGGGAGAGAAGUAUUCGCUUCUUCACAGGUCCACGCUAUGAACCUCAAUUUUACUAACUCUGGCAUGGCG